CUGGAGGUCCUCGGAAGACGCCUUACGGUUGGGCCUGCCCCCUGUUUCACACAGAAAGACCGCGGACCGCCGUGAGACGCCCCCGCCCCCAACCGCCGUCGCCCGGAGCAACGGGGCGGCCCGCGCCAGCCGGCGGCGGAGACCCUUAGCGGCCGGGCGGGAGGCGGGAUGGCCGCGUCGCGCUGCCCGGCGUGCGCCGAGCCUUGCGUGGAGCCGCGGCUCCUGCCCUGCCUGCACUCGCUGUGCGCGCACUGCCUGCGGCGCCUGGAGACGCUGGGAGAGCCGGGCCGAGCCGCCGCCCUCAGCGUGCUGUGCCCGCUGUGCGACGCCGAGGUGGCGCUGCCGCCGGGCGGCCUCGGGCAACUCAUCCCCGACUACACGGCGCUGGGGCGCGGCGGGACCGCCGGAACGGCGGGGUGCGACCUGUGCGCCGACGGAGCGGCUGCGAGGCGUUGCCAGACUUGCGGGGCGCACCUCUGCCUCUUCUGCUGCCAGGCACACAGGAGACAGAAGAAGACUGCCUCCCAUGUCGUGGUGGAGCUGGAGAGCAGCAGGGAUUGCAGUCAGGCUGGGAAGCCUUUCUUCUGCCCUUCCCAUCCCUCAGAGGAGCUAUGGCUGUUCUGCGAGCAGUGUGAACAGCCCAUGUGCCAGGAUUGCGUUGCAGAAAGGCACCAGCAGCACCCUUAUGACUUCACCAGCAAUGCUGUGCAGCGGCACAGGGACUCCCUGCAGGAGCUGCUGAGAAGCACCCAGCAGCGCAUGAGCACGUUAGAAAAUGUGCUGAGCCAGACUGAUGGUGUGGGCAGUGCCAUUCGUGCUCGUGCAGAGGCCGUGGCCGCAGAGAUCAGUCUGUUUGCCAGAGGAUAUGUGAAAGCGAUUGAAGAGCACCGGGACCGGCUGCUGAAGCAGCUGGAGGACCUGAAGGUGCAGAAGGAAAACCUGCUGCACUUGCAGAAGGCCCAGCUGCAGCAGCUCUUGCUGGACAUGAGGACAGGCGUGGAGUUCACGGAGCGCUUGCUGACAAGUGGCUCAGACCUGGGAAUCCUCGUCACCAAAAGGGUGGUGGCAAGCCGGCUAGCAAAGCUGAACAGUGCUGCUUACAGCACCCACCCCAGAGAGGAUGACAGCAUUCAGUUCUCUCCCCAGGAGAGGGCAGGGCAAUGUCAUGGCUAUGAAGUUUUUGGGGCUGUUAUCUGCAAAGCUGUUGAUCCAGCCAAAUGUACCCUGCAUGGGGAAGAUCUCUACAGUGCCCAUCAGAAUGAGCUGACAGGCUUUACCCUGCUCUGCAAUGACACUACGGGGAAGCAGAUGGGGAGAGGAGGAGAAGCCGUGAUGGUCACCAUCACCCACAAGGACAAGAAGGACUGUGCAGUCAAACCAACAGUGUGUGAUAAUGGUGAUGGAACCUACCAUAUUUCCUACAGCCCUGAGGAGCCAGGCUUGUAUGCUGUCAGCGUCUAUGUGAAAGGGCAGCAUGUACAGGGCUCUCCAUUCAUUGUGAUGGUGAAAAGCAAGUUCCGCAAGCACCAAGGCAUGUUCCACUGCUGCACAUUUUGCUCAAGUGGAGGAAAGAAAGCUGCUCGCUGUGCCUGUGGAGGGACUAUGCCAGGUGGGUACCAAGGUUGUGGCCAUGGACACAAAGGUCACCCUGGAUGUCCCCAUUGGUCAUGCUGUGGACAAGUCAAAAUGAACUCAGAAUGUCUGAGUGGAUUGCCCAGCGACAGAUCACAGAGGAGUUUGCUCAGGACAGUGGAACUCUGAGGAGACAGUUGAGCCUCCGUGAGCUCAGGGCCCUCCUACUGGCACAUGCCAUAGGGAUCCCCACAACUACUGAAGAGCCGUGUUGCCAGAAAACAACAUGGUGAUGGGUAUGAACUGAGAAAGGAGGGUGAGGGAAAAUAAAACUGUGCCUUAUGUUCUA